GCGGAGCGGCCGCCCCCCGCCCGGCGGAGCGGAGCAGCCGCGGGAGGAGUGGGGCGCGGGCGGAGCGGAGCGCAGCGGCUGCCGCUGCCUGGAUGCCGAAAGCGCCUCUGGAGCCAGCGGCCGGCGGCACCUGGGAGGGCCCGGGAGAGGAGGAGGAGGAGGAGGAGGAGGAAGAGGCGACGGCGGCGGAGGAGGAGGACUCCGGGCGCGGAGGGGAGGAAGCAGGCAGCGUUUGCCAUGGCCUCCAACUUUAACGAUAUAGUCAAGCAGGGCUACGUAAAAAUCCGCAGCAGGAAGCUGGGGAUUUUUAGGCGUUGUUGGCUGGUUUUCAAGAAGGCUUCCAGUAAAGGACCCAGGAGGCUAGAAAAAUUUCCAGAUGAGAAGGCAGCAUAUUUCAGGAACUUCCACAAGGUAACAGAGCUGCACAAUAUCAAAAACAUAACCAGAUUGCCUCGAGAGACAAAGAAGCAUGCAGUGGCAAUUAUCUUUCACGAUGAGACAUCAAAGACAUUUGCGUGUGAGUCAGAACUAGAGGCAGAGGAGUGGUGCAAGCAUCUUUGCAUGGAAUGUCUAGGGGCCAGGCUCAAUGAUAUAAGUCUUGGGGAACCAGAUUUGCUUGCUGCUGGAGUCCAGAGAGAACAAAACGAACGAUUCAAUGUAUACCUUAUGCCUACACCAAAUUUAGAUAUCUAUGGGGAAUGUACAAUGCAGAUCACACACGAAAACAUCUAUCUCUGGGACAUCCACAAUGCCAAGGUCAAGCUGGUCAUGUGGCCUCUGAGCUCUUUGAGGAGAUAUGGACGUGACUCAACAUGGUUUACAUUCGAGUCUGGAAGGAUGUGUGACACAGGAGAAGGGCUGUUCACCUUUCAAACACGAGAAGGAGAAAUGAUAUAUCAGAAGGUCCAUUCUGCAACAUUGGCAAUAGCUGAGCAGCAUGAAAGAUUAAUGAUGGAAAUGGAGCAGAAGGCAAGGCUCCAGACCAGUCUGUCUGAACCAAUGACUUUAUCCAAGUCGAUCUCACUUCCUCGUAGUGCAUAUUGGCAUCACAUCACCCGGCAGAACAGCGUUGGAGAAAUCUACAGUUUACAAGGUCACAACCUCGGCUCAGCCAAGGUGUCCCGGGCGCAGACAUUUCCCAGCUACCCGUCGGAGCAGGGCGAGGAGCACCAGCAGCCGCUGUCGCUGGCCAGCAGCUACGCCUUCAGCUACGGCUCGGGGCUGGUGCAAUGACAGCCGGGGGCAGCCGGCCCACACGGACAGCUGAGCCUGGAGCUCCCGCCAGGACCGGGGAGCCGCUGGCCCCCUCUGCACCCACCAUUUGCCGUGAAAACUGAUGCCUACCAGCUCCAGCCGGGGCGCCGCCGAUGCGGAAACCUGGAGAGGCGGCUUCCCCGAAGCAGAGGCUAAGUCUUUAUUUAUUUAUUUUGCCGUUCCUUUUGUUGAUAUGUUCAGAAAGGAGGGGGCUGGGGGGUUGGGGGGAGGGAGGAAGGGGGACACGUCUGUGUUGUAAGAAAGUGGUGGAAACAAAUGAAACUGUGUUGGUUGGUGUGAAGGUUUCUGCAUGACCAGAAAAGGUCCCUUCUGGGGCUCCAUUGCAAUGGCGCGUUCGACACUGGGGCCUUCCUUCCCGCCCCAACCAGCAGGACAGCCCGUCUUCACCUGCAACCUCUGUAGGUCCCUGCCACAGCCUACAAUUCCCGCUGGAGGCACUGAAAUGUCACCUAUUCGAGAUGUGGCAUCAGUGCUGCAGGGGUCACCUCCAGAUCCACAUGGGCUCACUCACUGCCCUAGAGGGUAGUUGGGUGUUCUUUGGGCCAGACACCAACAAAUACUGGAGUAGCAGGCUGAUAUGUGUUGUUGGGAAUAGGGUUUGGUGCAUCAAGGUAAGGCUAUUGCGUGGUCCAGCUCUAAUCUUAAAUUCCUGGGGCACAAAUUCUUCCCUUACAUGUGCAAUUUUCACCAUGCCCCUAAGAGCUGUGAGCAUCCCUAUCAGCAGCACAGUCUUGUCCUCAGAACUGCUGCGAAGUCUUCUUGUUCGCAAAUUAUUUAGGUAACCAUGCCUGCAAGCCUAACUUUAAAAAGCGGGAAAACUGUUCUUCAAGCAAAAAUAAGUGGCCCACUUGCCCAGCUGGCAGCUGCCAGUGCCACAGCUGGGCCAGACAUGGUAGAGCUGAGCUCUGGUCUUGUCUUUCUGGUCAGCGUUACUUUGAUUUUCUGUGUUUCCUUCUCAGAUUUCUGUUCUAGAUGCACAUUGUAUCUUGUAUGAUCAUGUGUCAAGCAUCUGUUUUCUCUCAAAAGGAGGAUGAGUACCUCUCAAUGGAAAUUUUCUGUCUUUGGAAGACGUCUUUUAAAAAGGAACUGUAGUAGUUGUUUGUAAUCAGUAAUGAGGGAAUAAGUUGGAAGGCAUACCUAUAGGUGGGGAAUGAAUUUUAUCUAUCCUGAACACUUAGAUUUUUGUAACUGUUAUCAAAUAUUUAUGUACUCCUUGUGAUGCCCUGAAUUGUUUGAAAUUGUGAGGAGAAAAUUUUGCCCUCUUCUAUGAUCUGAGGAGCCUUGUGUUCUGUUCCCAGAGUGAAACUAUUGCCAUGAUUACCAGAGGAAUUCAGUUCAUUGGUUGUUUCUCAGGACAGGUUGAGGAAAUGUACCAAGGACGAGACACACAGACUCUUUUCCAAUUAAACAAUUGGUUUUAUGUACUAUAAUUUAACUGAAAAAGUGCUGUUGGGUUGUUUUAUAUAUGCACAUUAUAUAUAUAUAUAUGUAUUAAAAGGUAUGGAAGAAACUUCUGCUUUUGAUUAAACAUUUACUGAUACAAUAUGGUCAGCUUUUCUCCAACCAUUUUCCUGGCUAAGAGACCUUGCACACUUACAGCUUUCAGUGAACGGCUGCUGAAUAAAAAAGCUUUGUGAUCCACUUGAAUGAAAGAGUUCUACCCCACCACAAUCACCUUUAUUUAUUUUUCCCGUUUUUCCUUGUCUCAUUCACUACCUCUUUUCCUUCUCACAGUGCUGCCAUACUCAGGAAUAGAAUGGCUCCCUACAGAGAGUAUUUUGAUGAGCUAAAAUGAAAAACUGCUCUCCCACGCUGUCAAGGCGCUGUACCUAUGGUGCUCUCAGAGCUGUACCCAUCAAGGAUGCUCCAUUCACACUUUCAUUUAAGAAAAAGAUUCAGUUGACAUUUUGCCUAGGGAAAAAUUCCGAUUUGCAAACUUUAAAUGCGAAAAUUGAUACAAAACUAUAAUGGUGUGAUUCUGUUACUCAGUGCAGCUUUGCCAAAUAUUUGCCUUUUGGAGAAAUGGUCAGUUAUUUUUAUUCCUUUGCAACUGGGAUUCUUUCACUUGCCCUAAAAUUAUAUAUAUUUUCUUUUAAGCUCCUUAGAUUAAGUUUUCAAUAUGUUCUGCAGGUUUCAACACUGUGUUCAAGUAACUUCUUUCCUCUAUGACUUAAAUACUAGUCAUUUAAUAAUUACAUAUUCUACACAGCCCAAAAGUGGGGAAAAGGCAAAACAGGAGAAUAUGAUUUAUAGUUCCAGUGUCCAUAUACCUAAAGAACCUAUCUAAAUCCUCAACUUAGUAUUUCUAUAAAAAGUGUAAGAUCUAUGUAAUGUUCUCUUUUUGUUUCCUGAGGAACAGUUGCUGUCUGUGGCUUUGUCUUCCUAUGCAGUACCUGAAUAUAGUCAAGUUAAUGAAAAUGUAGAUGCUAUUUUCAAAGAAAACACACCAAAAAAAGGGAGGGAACAGGGCAUUAUAACAGCCUUGGCUACAUAUAUGGCCAUAUAUAACAGUUUUACUAAAUAUUUUUCUUUCAUUGCAUAAUGCAACCAUCUUCUCAACUCAUACAUUUAUAAAAUACCUUUGUGGUCUCCUACAAUACACAGAAAAUUGAACAAAGCUACAGAACAAAAGCAAUCUAUACCAAAUCUGACCUGUUGGGAACUAUUUCUUGUAGAGACCAAACCCAAGCACACUAGAAUUUGAAAAUGAGGGUGCAACUUUACAAUGUACUGUAACACAGUCUAAGAUAACUGGCAGCCUGAAGCACAAAAGUAUUCAGGAGCCAGUGGAUGCAACUCCAGAACAGCAGAUGAUAUCACUGCAUCGUUGGCGUAUUCACACAGCUUCCACAAUGUUCCUCAAAAAAGCUCCUUGAGAACCAGGCAGACACUGUGACAGCAGUUUGCCAGAAAAUUCUGUUUUCAUGGAAUUGUUUUAAUUCCUGGCAUAUGCCUGUUGAUAUCCUAAGUGAUGGCCACUGAAACUACUUUGUACAGCUCCUAGUGCUCCCACCAGAAAGAAAACUCUCUUUUGGAGCAUGUGGUAGAGCUGCCUGCCUAGAGACUACAGCGGCCUUUAAAUAGACCCAGGGACCCCAUGGGACCCUGAUCCAGUCUCGGCUUUCUUCCUGUGCGAGGCACACAGACUACUCCUGACCCCAGAGUUGCUCCCUGUUUUCAGCUAAUGAGCUGUGAAGGGAUGGAGGGCAACAAAAUGCCUUCAGUGGUAACCAGGUGCAGCUGGUAGAAAUGGAACUUAACAUUAGUAAAUGAUAAAACUGAAGAAAUAAAAUAAAGCUUUUGCUUUUAUUUCUGUUUUGGAGGAUGUGAUAUGAAUCUAUAAUUGUAACCAUGAUUUACAUUUUUUUAAUCACCCUUUGAUAACAAUAUAUUCACCCCUAUGAACUAAUAACACAUGGAAUUACUAAAUAUAAUUGCUAAUAUAUCUUUACUGUGAAUAUUAUAGAUUGAUGCAUGCUGGUACUUUUGAUUUUGAAGCCACUUGGUACAGAAAAGGUGAAAUUGAAAGAGACUGCUAAUAAAUCGUCAAAUGGUGCUAAGGAACUUGAAUAGUCCCAUUUUUUAAUCAGCUACAUGUCAUUAUUUAUAGUUUAAAUUGUCUGUGAGUACUCCUUUGAAACACUUUCAUCUGCCCAUGUAAAGGAAAAAGAAAGGAGAAUCUCUUGUAGCAGGGAGUUUGCUGUUUUACUGAGUAAAUAUUCAGACAUUACUUUUUGUGGCAGACAUGUGGUCACAUGUAUCAAGUUCUGUCCUUGGGAGGUUUUGCUGCAUUUGUUUUCUUUUUUUUGGUUCCACAAAAGCUACAAGUCAAACUUGAAAAUGUAUUGACAAACCAAAGGAGUUUGUUGAGACAUUGACAAUAGCUGCUGUCUUUUGUUUUGUCAAAAGUCUACCAUGAUAUUUCAGGAAAAAUAUUUCAUUCCACAACACAUGUAUAGAAAUCCUAUUGGGAUGCAGAAAACUAUAAUCAAGUUUUGUUCCAAGUUAAUAAGACUUUGCUGGAAGAGGGGUUGAAAUUGAAUGUCUGAGGGCAAAAGUGUUUUAAAGUGCUCUCUAUAGCAAUAAUUUAAGUACAAAAUACAGCCUUCAGGCACCCAUUUAUUUAGAAGUUGCUAAGUGCAGACAAUCUGUGACGACCCUCACCUGCUUACGGCAAAGAGAAAAAAAGGUCAAUCGUUAAUCAUAUCUAUGUACUGCAUUUGUCAGAAAAGGAAUUAACUUCAUGCUUGUUCAGCUUUCUAGUCUAAAAGGCAAUACUAUGAGGAGUAAGGUUUUUUGAGAUAUUUGAUCUCUAGGAACUGACAAAGAGCAUCAGCCUGUAGCAUAUAAACCUCUACUCAGACUUAGCUCACCAGCUACAUGUGCUAGUUUUCAUCUGGUAACCUAGAAACUGCAGGGUAGUUUUCCAUUAGAUAAUAUAACUCUCUUGAAUGGCUGUGCAUUUUAGCAUGAAAUAUAGAAUUAUUUACAAAAUACUAAAAAGGAAGGAGUAAUGAGUUCCAAUUAAUCUCUGCUUUAGUGUUUAAUAUCAGUGUAUUUUGGCUUUUUUUAUGCCUGCUGCAAAGGAGUAAGUGUGGCUUUUAUCCACACACGGAAUGGAGUGAACAGUGAAAAAAGUGUGAAACGCUGCUCUUUGAUUAUGAGAAUAGAUCCAACAGCACCAGAAAAUUUCAUUUUUCCAUACAUCAACGGAAAAUACUUGUGACUCUUUCCAAACACACUUAUUACACAAGAGGACAUAUUAGAAUUUUACAUUUUUAGCCACAUAGAACUGGUCAAAAUGCCUGCCUAUGUUUUGUAAGUAGAAGAUAAUGACUGUGCAACACCACUGUAGUGACAUAACUUUAAAAUCAAAGGGCUGGAUAUAUGAAUUCUGUAGUUAUAAGGUCUUGCACUACAUGAAGUGUGCUGUGUUUGUACUUGAUAGUAUAAAUAAAUGCUCUUCACUUUUUAUUUUAGAUAAAAAGGUGAGGUAUAUUGGAAACAAGGAUAAACUUAUGGUGGAAUGAAAGAAACCACAAAGAAUAUUGACUCCCUUGUUGAAACAAUAAGUUUGUCUCCCUGUCCAGGUCCUUAAAAGACAGUAAAAGGUGAUGAGUGAAGGUCUUGUAUAUUCAGCAAUUAUUUAAAUUUCAUUGUGCUUAGAAACCUAAAUAUUAGAAUCUGCUGGCGAACUGGUGGUGCUAUUGGAGAAAAUGGAAGAUUCACUUUGUAGAGAUUUUUAUAAAUUUAUGCAACUUGACAGAUUUUUACAGACACAAAACACAUAUGAAAGUAACUGAGGUUUAAGUAUGAUUAAAUAGAAUUUAAGCAUUUGACAAUGUCCAUAUUGAUAUGAAUAUUGUUAGCUGUAAUGGAGACAAUAUUUCCUUUUAAACUGAAUGCAAGCUCAAAAAGUAAUAGGUUCUCAAAUAUUAAGAAGUUAAUCUUUUUAAAAAUCACAUUUAAAGUCUUAAAGAAUGAAUUUCAUUGGGUUUAUUUGUUGCUUUGAUACAGAGAUCUUCAGGAGGUUCAACAGAUUUACUAUGUUCUCUUACAAUCCUGAGAUUUUCAAGUGCAUUAAUAUAUUUUACAGUAGAUUUUUUCCUGUGAGAAUAUUUGACAUGAGUGGGCAUAGAAAAUGGCACAAAAUUCAUUGUCUGGUUUGGCCAUUCCAUACCAAUAACCAAAAUAAGGGUUUCAGUUAAAUGUUUAUUCUCAUCACUGCUCCUAUACUUAGAAUAAAUUACAUAAAAUAAAUUUUUCCUUGUGGAUGUUAAUUGUAAUAUUUCCUGCUUUUCCAUAGAUAACGGGCUGUGACAGGAGAUAUCCAGAACUGCUUUUUUGAAAUUGUUUUGAUUUGAGAUGGUUGCAAGGAAAAACAGAAAACACAUGAAAAAGGAAUUGUUAUGACUUCUUACCAAAGAAUGAUACAUGCUAAACUUUUAUUUCUUUGAAAAUCAUCAUUAUAGAAAUGUAGAGAAAUUUAUGAAAGGAAGUGAAAAAUGUGGCAAGAAAUCAACAAAAACAAAACCAGAUUCUGUAAUCUUUAAAAAGAGAGAAAUUGGCAAACACUUAAGCACACAACAGUGUGCUAGGUUGAGCACAAAACACUUUCCCAUAGUAUUCAACUUCUUCUCCUUCAUCAGAAACUGGAAACAAUGUCCUGUGUUCAGUCUGAUUCACAGCUCUACAUUACUCUGUACAAAGCAUGAUGGGCUCAUUUUCCCUAACCUGGCUGGAAGAACCAAGUACCAUAAUGCCUAACACACAUUAUGCAGUAUAAAAAAACCAGUAUUUUGCACAAUGCACCACCAGUGUUAUCACACAGCUUUGUGGAAUUCACUGCAGCCAGGUAUUGUCAAAAGUAUGAUUUAGAAUGUUUCACAGCUCAUUGAAUUCUGGGUGAUAUCUUCCUUUAUGAUCCAUAAAAAUACAUACAGAGGUGCUCAACCUUUUUUUCUUCUAAUUUCAAAAUAUUCUGACAGAGUUCUGUAGGAAGGUUCCUCCCAUUCUACUGUUGUUGGGUAAAUUAUAGACAUUUCAAAAAAAAUAAUAAAUAUCUGCUUAAGACAGGUUUAUUUCAGAGGGAAAAAAGAGAUUAAUUUUAAUACAUGCAAAUAUUCCUAACAUUCCUCUUUUCAAAUACACAUACAGACAUCAGCACAGAGAAAAGUAUUGAAGAAAAAAAAAAAUACUUUAUAUCUUAGAUAAAAUCUUAUAAGCUAUUGAUCAUUUAAAUAUUUUAUUUAAUUUACUGGUUAAUGCUACAAAUUAAUUAUUUAGUGUAACAAUCUAAUUGAAUAAACUCUUAAGACAGGUGUUAAAUACUCUUUAGAACCACUGAGAUGCUUUUUUUCUAAAACUACAAAGUUGUCUUUAUAAGUAAGCAUAAGGUUAGAAGAAAUAUGUCAGCCAUGGCUAGUAAUUCAUAUUAAUUAUUUUAUCUAGCUAUACAGGCUAACAAUGUGGAUAGUGGGGAAAUAAUCUUUUGAAACUUGUAUUAGAUAGCUUUGUGCAUUUCCUUUAGUAUUUCUAGCUCAAACAUUAUAUCCUAAGUUGUAUGUGAGAUAUAUAAGACUAUAGCACAGAUAGUAAGGUAAAUCUACAGUUUAAUGAAUCAGAUUUAAACAGGGCCAAGAAAUUAGUCAGAGCAGUGGCACUAGUCAGUCCUGUGGCAUGGUGGCAGCCUGCCCCAGUAGUAUCUGAGCACACACUUCUGAGGCUAUCUCAGUAUUCCUAAGCCUCCCUGCUUUAAAGGAUAUGUUGGCAAACUCGUCACUCGGUUAUCCUGUGGUUCCCAUGGCUCAUCCUCUUCUCAUAACUCUCAAUGCAUUGACUUGAAAAGAGCAGCAACAACAAAAAAGCUAUUAAAAAAAAGCAGAGACAAGGACCCUCUUGGUGGAAGAGAGUCCUACCAAGCCCUGCAGGCUCUUCUUCAUCCUAAAAAGAUGAGCUGUUGCUGUGCAGGAGCCCAACUUCAAAGGACAGGGGAGAGAGCAUGCUUACCUGUCUAAUGCAGGCUGGGAGAGAACUGGGAAGGGUCUCCCAUUUCCUGAGUGAUUUGGCAGACGUGAUUUCAUGUGGCAGUGAAAAGCCUGGUCCAGUUUAGUGUUUGGAAGCUGUGGGUCUCUAGCCUUGGGGUGGAACCUUUUGCCUGAGAUGUCACAGGAGCAGUGGUCACCCUGAGCCCACACAUACCCUGACACCACAUCCCAGCAAGGCACAGCUGUGACACUAUGUCUUAUCCCUAGCCCAACACGCUUUUCCAGGAAUGUGUGUGUUUUGGAAAUGUCUUUUAUGUUGUCUUGCUUACACCUUGAACAAUACACUCUGAGAAUUUGACGGGCAGCUUCUACUCCUAGGGUCUGCAGCCUAAAAGAACAUUUUAGCCACUUAUCUUGUAUACAGAAAAGCUGGUUUUGGAAAUAACCCUUUAGUGUCAGACUUACAAAGCUGUUCAGAGGAUUAACUCCUAUUGAGCAUCUCAGCUUUGAAGGAAAUUGCACUAGGGAGUACUCAUUGAGGCAGAGCUUCAGCUACUGUAAAUAAAUACCAUUAAUUUGGGCUUUCACAGAGCUCCAUAACAGAGUAUAUUUAAAGGAGCAUGAUGCACAUAAGAUUUAAAAGUAAAUUUGAAAAAUAAGAGUCCUGGUGCCCUGACAUCUCUAUAGUUACAAAAAUAAUAAUCAUCCUCUGAGGACCUCCUUAAAAAAAAAAUCACACAAAAAAGCACACACACAAACAAGCAAAACCAAAAAAUCCCCACCCCUAGAAAUGAAACUGGUAGUGAGAUCAAUCCUCUGAACAAUCCUUUGAAUAUUAAAUCCUCCCUUUUUCUGAAGUAUGUUUCUUAUUUGGAACCCUCAGGAGUAAACUAGCAAAUGCUGGUAGCAGCUAUAUUUCAAGUGUUCUGCCCGCUGUGUUUCCUUGAUCCUCUCCUCCCGUCCCCCAGUCCCACGAUAAGACCUGGAGAGGAGGCAGGUGGUUAAGUUGCACAGUAUAGUUAGAACAAGCUAUUUCUGAGCAUGCCUAACAGAGAAGGUGGCUGGGAAUUUAGGUCAGCUGGGGGUCAUAAAGAGGGUUAAUUGCUGAACUACCCUGCCUGAAGUAGGGGUGUGGAAGAGUCCAGCUGCUUGUGUUCCUUGGUGGGCCCAGCAUUGUUUUACCCCAAGACACACAGCCAAGGGAGAGCAGACUAGAAAAAGGAGCAGUAUCAUGAACAUAUUACAGGCAGAGAAGUUCUUUAAGGUAAAGUAAUGUAUAUGAAAUGAAUAAAGAAAAUAACUUUCCCCUUCCUUCAUAGACUGGAAGUUUUUGUCUGGUUGACCCGAACUCUGGUGACUGCCUUUCCUACAUUCAGAAGUCUUUUUCAAAGAGAUGUGAGCUUACACCCUUUAAAGACUAAGUUGUACUACUGAUCAUUGAAUAUUCCUUUGAACAUUGAAUUAAAACAUUUCCCAUUUUGACCCAAUGAAAAAGAUUAUUUUUAUUAUUAUGGAAAAGGUUUUACUUUUCUUUAAUCUCAUAUAUUCAUUUUCAAAUCACAUAGAUAGUAGUUAACCCAAAAUACCCUUCAAGGUAUUCAACAAUCACUGUUUUAAUGACAAUAUAUUUUAUUAUGUUUAUUUUCUUUCAGCAAAGUUUCUAAGACCUUAAAAAAAUCCACAGAACUAUUUUACAGUUUAGAUGGUUUGCUGAGCUGGUUGCUAUCCAUGGUUGUGUCAUUUUGCUUCACUGAUUCUUUUUUCCUCCCUCUUAACUAUUUUAGUGAGUGGUACAGCAUGAAAUAGCAUAGUAACUGUUCAACAUAAAACUUCCAAAUUACAGUUGAUGGAGUUUAUUCAAAAUAAAUUUUUAAAAUUCCAAAAGGAAAGGACAAAUCUGUAGGAAAUGUUGAAACUAAGCAGCAAUAAACAAUGGUUUGUUUACAAUGGAAAGUCUAUUUAUAUAAUCCAAACAGCAAAUAUUGGGUCCCAACCUGCCAGACUCAUAAAACAUUUAAAGACUUCUAAUAUUGCAUUUCAAAUUGAGCUUUUGGAAGUUUCUCUUGUGUGUAGCUUACUAGUUUUUAAACCAAUAAGAAUAUUAAUGUUUGGGGUUGUUUUCUUUUUGGUUUUGUCACUUGUUCAGCUGCUGUUCACUGAUAUUACUAUGGUACAAAAAUGAAGCUGUUGUUUUGUGAUUUUUUUUUUUGAGAAAAAGUAUAACAUAUUGUUCUUAUUAUGCUAUGUGUUAUGUGAUUUUCCCUGUGGAUUAUCCUGGUAGAACUAGUAUGUUUACAGAAUUUGAAUUAAAACAGAUUACAUACCUGCAAAGGAGUGCACUAAAGAUUUUGUUUUGUCUUCAAAUCUCAACAAUAAGCAAGUGUUUCAAAAAGACACGCUGAAAGUACCAAGAGAUAAAAGAAAUAAGGGCAGUACCACAAAUAAUCAAAACAAUCUGGUAUUCCAGAUAUUUAACCUCAACUUCUUCCCUUUUCUUACCCUCAGUAAAGCAGGGAUGUAUUCUGACAGUCUCUAAAAGCAGUAAAACAAUACCAUCUUCUCAGCUUAUGGAUGUUUGUGUAUUAGUAUCAGGACUCCAACUGAGACCUUCUGUGUAAUCAAAUCCAUUACAUUGUUACUUUGGCAUUUUACUAUCAGAGGGAUCAUAAGAAAGGACCCAAUGCUACAAGGUUUCAUUUGUAAGGCUGUGCACAACUUAGAAUUAUCUGCUAUGACAUUUGAUAACUCAGGAAAUAAACCAACUUGUUAGUAGUACAGUUCUGUGUAUCCUCAUCAAUUUCACAUUCGAGCAUUUGUAUAUCUGAAAACCUUCAGCAAGUGAAAUUAAAAAAAAAAAAAAAAAAAAAAANAAAAUAAAAAAAAAAAAAAAAAAAACAACAUCCAUUGCAACGUGUCCUUGUUCAGGAGUACAGAAAACCAAAACAAGAUGUUUUUAAUGGUAUAUGACACUGUAAACAAUUUAACUCUUCAGCAGAAGUUGAAAGGACACUUUAGUUUAGGAUUUUAGAUUUUUAGCUGAAGUGUAGCUUAACCACAUGAUGCUAUUAUUGCUCAAAUAGUGAAGAGAAGCCUUUUGUCCAUGUUAUUCUCAGAAGAAUCUAGGUUCCUAUUUUCCUGUGCACAUGAAAAUGCUUUCCACUGGAGAAGGCUUUUCACUGUCAGGCUGUGAUGCUCUUCCUAGCCAGCCAAGCAGAACUGGUACCUGGUUUGUAGGCAGGCUCAUGAUGCCUCCACCUCUAACCCCUUUCAAAAAAAAAUCUGAACAAAACCCCCAAACACCGUAUCCAGCAACAUUUUUACAUAUGCUUCAAGAGAAAAGUGGAAUCAGGCAUAUGUGAGCCAGGCACAGAGUUUGCAAUAUGCCAACAUAGAUGAUUAUCAACUGUCAUGGUAACACCUUCAUUUACUGGGAUUCUGUCCUCAGUCAUUCAGCAGAUUUGUAAAAGGCCAAAAGAUGCAUAGAUCCUAAUUCUCAGGUCUGCCUUCUAGUUCUGUUUGUUUAAUGAUUUUUUUUGUCUGUUUGUUCAAUUUCUCUGUGAUUUCUUCUGUAGGUUUCAGCAGAAUAUAUACGUAUGCACACAUAAAACUACAUAUGUAUGUGUAUUGUUUUGUAAAUGUUCUCAGUCAUGCUAUCUUCUGCUUUGCACCAUUUACUCAUAUACCUUCCAUGUUGUCAUUUAUUUUUUGCUCAAUUAAACCUUAUAAUAAAUUAUUAAAUAUACCCUGACA